AUGACAGACUCGAAGACUGCUAUGUCCAAUGUACACGAUGAUCCUCCUUCAUUGACAACCGCUGUGACCGAUGGCGCUCAGGGGUUCGACAUGGAGCUGUACAGGGCGACCGUUCCACUGUGGAAACGGGUAUGGCAGCACAGUUUGACGCAAAUGAUACUUUUGAGCAUCCAAGCUUUUUGUGGACCAGCCAUGUCUGAUGCGAUUACUGGACUUGGUGGUGGUGGACUUGCCUCUGCUAAGGUGUCAAAUAUUUGCACCGCAAUCACAUAUGCCAUGCUUGCGAUCGUCUGUUUCCUGGGUGGUCCCAUCGUGAACAAGAUCGGUGUCAAGUGGGCCCUCGUUCUCGGCGCAAUGUCCUUCCCAAUCCAAGGGUCCGCCUACUAUUGCAACAGCAAGUUUGGAAAUCAAUGGUACCUCAUUCUCAGCGGUGCCAUCAGUGGUGUUGGGACCGCUUGCUGGUAUGUCGCUGAGGCCGGAGCCAUCAUGACGCUUGCACCUUCCGGCGCUCGUGGGAAGUACCUGGCGCUGUGGAUUGUAUCGCGGAAUCUUGGACAGCUGGUUGGCGGUGCAAUCAACCUGUCGAAGAAUCAUGAGAAAGGAGUCGAUGGUGGAGUUUCUCCCAACACUUACAUCGCCUUCGUGAUCAUUGAGUGUAUCGCUCUGCCAUUUGCAUUGUUGAUCACUCCUUUUGAACGCGUUGUCCGAUCUGAUGGUACGAGAAUUAUCAUUUCAGAAACUCUUUCCACCAAGAUGGAAUUGAGGCGUAUUGUCAAAACCAUGUCCUCAAAGCUCGUUGUGCUCUCUGCACUUUGGGCACUGUGGUCAUUUUUCUACAGUGGUACCUGGAGCACCUAUUUAGCGACCUACUUCUCUGUCCGAGCCCGCGCUCUCUCAUCUCUCGUCUCGCCUUUCUUCUGCAUUGUCGGCUGCUUUGGCCUUGGCUUUAUUCUCGAUAUGAAGGGCCUCAGCCAGCGCCGCCGUGCUCAAAUUGGUCUCGUCACCGUCGUAAUCCUCAACGUCGGAGUCUAUAUAUGGUCUAUAACCAUGCAGGUUAAGUUCAACCACCACUAUCCAGGUCACAUCGAUUGGCAAGACGCGCUGUACCCCUCGUCCUUCUUGCCGUAUUUCUUUGUGCAGACUACGGGCCCGUUGUCGCAGUCGUACAUGUAUUGGCUUUUGUCGUCUUUUGCGGCAGAUGCACAGGAAAACGUGCGCAACGGCGCUGCAUUCAGAUGUAUCGAAGCAAUUGGUCAAGCUAUUUCCUACGGCAUGAACACUCAAACGACAAAUAACCCCCUCGUUGGAUUCGGCGUAACGUUCGCCCUACUCGGAGCAGCCUUAUUCCCCAUGAUUAAACUUGUCAACACGACACCAGACCGCAUUCCUGCUGAUGUAGUUGCCGAAGAGCAGGAUGCUGCUCGUGAGAAAAUUGAGGGCGUCUAA